UUUAUGCACUGUAUCCUUCACUCUGUUCAUAAGGCUCCUUAGCCUAUCAACUAUAGUGUCAUAAUGACGACAAAGAAAGCGGCAGUGUACUUAUUGUACAGUUUUCCGUAAACGGUUGUCUGUGCAACAGACCACACCACAACAGCAGAUGACGCUGUGGUUCAGCUUCGCUCUGUACUGUUGCGGUUGAGUUGACAACAAACAUAGAACAAGAGCGGCAAUAGAGAGGGAGGGAAAGAUGGAUGAGACAUUUAACUAAACUCACCGGGAUAUGAAUAAUUAGAAGGAAACGAAUAUAAUAACUACAUGGCCACCAAGAAGACGGUGAUUGUGACCGGGUUUGAGCCUUUUGGAGAACAUGCUGUCAACGCCAGCUGGGUGGCUGUUCAGGAACUGGAGUGCCUUGGUCUGGGGGAGGGGGUGGAGCUUCAGGUGUACGAGCUUCCCGUUGAGUACCAGGCCAUUCAGCGCUUACUGCCAUCGCUAUGGAAAUGCCACCAGCCACAGCUGGUGGUCCAUGUGGGUGUGUCCGGCAUCGCUACCACAGUAACCCUGGAGCAGUGUGGCCACAACCAUGGUUACUGUCGUCUGGACAACAGCCGCUUCUGCCCAGCCUCCCAGUGCUGCGUGGAGGCGGGGCCUGACUGCCUGACCUCUGACCUGGACAUGGAGCUGGUCUGCAGGCGCCUGGGCUCCUCUCACCAGCAGGUGGAGCUGUCUGUGUCCAGGGAUGCCGGCAGGUACCUGUGUGACUACACCUACUACACGUCCCUGCUACAGGGCGGGGGCAGGGUGGCCUUCGUGCAUGUGCCCCCCCUGGGGAGGCCCUACAGUGGGGGCCAGCUGGGCAGGGCCCUGCAGGCCCUGGUGGGAGAGAUGCUGCUGGGGGGGGGGCAUGGGGAACACCAGCAGAACCAGGACCGUGAGAACCAGGACCGUGAGAACCAGGACCAGCAGAACCAAGACCAGCAGAACCAGGACCGUGAGAACCAGGACCGUGAGAACCAGGACCAGCAGAACCAAGACCAGCAGAACCAGGACCGUGAGAACCAGGACCGUGAGAACCAGGACCGUGAGAACCAGGACCAGCAGAACCAGGACCAUCAAAGACACUAAAACACCGAGUCCACCUGGACUCUCACAGUGGAACCUGACCGUGUGCACUACCAGCAGUCGUUGUGUGUACAAACAUCGUGUGUAUAAACAUU